AUACUUCUUCGUUCCAAACGCCCCAAAUCAAAACCCUCCGCCGCACACCGUCUCUCUCUCUCUCGUCCACUGUCUCUCUCCCCCUCUCCCUCUCCCUCUCUCUGGCACACCGUCCCGCGUCCACCGUCUCUCUCUGUUCAAAGUAGGAGAGGGGAAGGUCAAAGUGCAACAUCGCUAUUUGCCAUCAUUCAUCCGCAGUUCGGUAGAAUAGAUGGCAUUGAGAGGUGCUUGGCAACUUCAGAAGCUAAUUGUGAGCUAUUGUGAUUGGGGAGGAAGUAGCAGGGGUAUCAGGGCAUUUAUGGAAUCCAACUUGCCGGCGUUUAAGGAGAACAAUCCUCAGCUAGAAGUUGUCACUGAGCUCAUCCGUGGUCAACAUCCUCAUUUGAAGGGCCUUUACAAAAACAAGAACCAGCGGGUGGUAUGUGUGAAGAAUUUAACACAAGAUGAUGUACUGCUACAUGCAACCAGGCUCAGGAACGCAUUGGGCAGAAAAGUGGUGAAGCUAAAGACGAGACAUGUCACAAAGCACCCUAGUGUGCAAGGUACUUGGACAACCGACUUGAAGUUUGAGGCUUAGAAAAAUCUUCAUUAGGAGCUUAUUUCGUACUCUUUCAAAAGCAUCUGUUGUUUACGCUCCUUUUGGUAAUCCUCUACUAGUCUUUCAGUAUAUUUCUCGAAAAGUGAGAUCAAACCAUGAGUCUCCGAAGACUGGUACAAACUCUUUUGUAACAUCUUUGUUUUCUGUUAUUUGGUUUCUUCAAAAAAAUUGGAAUCUAGAAGACAUCAGACUACUGCAUUAUUUCUCAAGUCCAGGUGGUAUUUUAAGAAGCAAGAAAGAAUCAUGUCACUUGUUCAUUUCCUCCCCUCCGCCAUCUGACCACCACCUUAGGCUACCCCACCCUCCAGUUAUCUGGUUACCUCCUCUGGCCUCUAUUCCCCUAAUGCCGCCCAUCCUCCAGGCUCCAACCAUCUUCCCUCCACCGGGGUUGUCUGAAAAUAUGUGAUUGCACUAAACAUGUUUUUGUUCUUAAACUUUUUACAGAACUCACUCACUAUGCCAUGUAGCUUGCUUGUCGAAUUUGUAAGUGUUCACUGAGCUGAAUGCAGAGUAUAUAAUGCAAUACUAAGUAAGCGUUGCGAAAAUGGAUUUAUCUCACAUGUUGUGUUGUACUCUGAUAAAAAAGGAAAAGGAAAAGAAAAAAGA